AAGAAGAAGUAGAAGAAGAAGAAAAAGAACACAUUUUUUGAUUCUAUUGAAGAAUUAUUACAAAAAAUGGUUAACAUGGACGAAAAUGAUAUAGCGGAUAUAGAGGAUUUAAUAUCACCAGAGGAUAUAAAACCGAUAGAGCGUUAUCAAAAUAAAAGUAAUGUCACUCUAAGAGCAAAGAAGCGGUUGAACACCAAAGUAGAAGAUGUUAUUACGCCAGAAAAAGUUAUUCAUGAAAGUGUAAUACCUGGUACACAGAAGGUGUACGUAAAAACCUGGGGCUGUGCCCACAACAAUUCAGAUAGUGAAUAUAUGGCAGGACAGUUGGCUGCGUAUGGCUAUCAGUUAACGGAAAGCAAAGAUAAUGCAGAUUUGUGGUUAUUGAACAGUUGCACAGUAAAAAAUCCAUCCGAAGAUACGUUUCGCAAUGAAAUAGAACAUGGUAUAGGUAAUGGAAAACACGUGGUAGUGGCAGGAUGUGUUCCGCAGGGUGCUCCAAAGGCAGACUAUUUGAAAGGCUUGUCUGUGAUUGGAGUGCAGCAAAUUGAUCGUGUUGUUGAGGUUGUAGAAGAGACGCUAAAAGGACACAGCGUACGAUUGCUACAAAACAAAAAAGAAGAUGGUCGUCGAGUGGCCGGAGCAAAACUGGCCUUACCGAAAGUAAGGAAAAAUCCAUUGAUUGAAAUUAUACCCAUAAAUACUGGGUGCCUUAACCAGUGUACAUAUUGUAAAACAAAACACGCUAGAGGUGAUUUGGCCAGCUAUAGUCCUGAAGAAAUCGUUGAAAGAGCCAAACAAGCAUUUGAAGAAGGUUGCUGCGAAAUCUGGCUUACCUCAGAAGAUACUGGGGCGUACGGAAGAGAUAUUGGGUCAUCAUUACCAGAAUUACUUUGGAAACUUGUUGAGGUAAUACCGGAAAACUGUAUGCUUCGGGUGGGAAUGACAAACCCUCCAUAUAUAUUAGAACAUUUGGAUGAAAUAUCAAAAGUACUCCAGCAUCCAAGAGUAUACUCAUUUUUGCAUGUACCAGUUCAGAGUGGUAGUGAUGCUGUAUUGGGCGACAUGAAGCGUGAGUAUUGCCGAAAAGAUUUUGUACAUGUUGUGGAAUUUUUACGAGAAAAAGUGCCAGGACUCACGAUAGCAACAGACAUUAUUUGCGGUUUUCCAACAGAAACCGAAGAGGAUUUUGAGGAAACAAUUACUCUAUGUGAAAAGUACAAGUUUCCAAGUUUAUUUAUAAAUCAAUUUUUCCCUCGCCCAGGCACACCUGCCGCCAAAAUGACAAGAAUACCUCCCAACUUGGUCAAGAAGCGUACAAAACGUCUAACAGAUCUCUUCAACAGCUAUCAUCCCUACGCUGGUCGUGAAGGUCAAAUUUACAAUGUUUUAGUAACAGAAGUAUCUCACGAUAAACUUCAUUAUGUGGCACACAAUAAGAGCUAUGAACAGAUUCUUUUGCCAAUGCGCCCAAAUCUUUUGGGCACAUCCGUUAGAGUGCGCAUCACCUCCACAUCGAAAUUUAGUAUGAAUGCAGAAAUUCUUGAUUCUGAAGAUGAAUGGACAAGAUGUACACAAUCAACAACUACAACACUUUUAACCAAAAAUAAACAGUCUUCUCAAACGUUGGACGUUUUAUUACAAAAAUACCUUGGGCUAUCAUUACUUUUAGGAAUUGCUGCUUUCAUUUUACAAUGGCUGUGGAGACAUUUUUAGUUUUGUACAAUAAAAAUAAAUUUGAAGGAAAAUAUUUGUACUUUUUUUUUGUUUUAAAGUAUUUAAUAAUUAUUCAAUAAUAUGUAUUUCGCUAUUUUGUCGAAAGUUUUAACUUA